AUGUAUCAUCCUUCGGUUCUGACGCUCCUCACUUUGGCAGCGCAUGCUCGGUGUCAGUUGUUGGACAUCCCCGCCGUGGAUGAGUUGGUCAGCUCUGCCCUGAAGCCCCUGGCAGACUAUACGGAUUAUGAUGGCCCCACCGGAGUUGCCUCGUCUGUUAUCAGCGCCGCAACACCAGCCACACUCUUUAAUGUACAUGCAACCGUGGAGGCGUCAGACGCAUCGUACUGGCUAGCCGAGAUUGCUCAUCAAGGCGUAGCUGCUUUCAACCCAAACCCUUCCGGCUACACGGUUUUCCGCAAUGUGAUGGAUUAUGGGGCCAAAGGUGAUGGGGUAACCGAUGAUACUGCCGCGAUCAAUGCUGCUAUUAGCGAUGGCGGUCGCUAUGGACCAUCGAGCAGAGAGAGCUCCACCACGACGCCUGCAAUUGUGUACUUUCCUGCAGGAACAUACCUGAUCUCUUCUCCCAUUAUCGACUACUACUUCACGCAACUGAUCGGCAAUCCGAACGCCAUACCAGUAAUCAAGGCGACCGCGGCCUUCACGGGAUUGGGGCUGAUUGAUGGAGACCAGUACCAGAGCGAUGGUAACCAGGGAUGGACUUCAACGAAUGUUUUCUUCCGACAAAUCAGAAACCUGAAGCUAGACUUGACUGGCAUCCCAGCCAGCUCAGCUGCAACUGGUAUUCAUUGGCCGACUGGACAGGCUACAAGCAUCCAAAAUGUGGAGAUCGCAAUGAGCUCUGCAUCCGGAACCCAGCACCAGGGUAUUUUUAUUGAGAAUGGUUCUGGUGGCUUUUUGGCCGAUAUCACCAUCACCGGCGGCCUGUAUGGUGCCAAUCUCGGCAACCAGCAAUUCACUACGCGCAACCUGGUGAUCUCGGAUGCGGUCACAGCUAUCUCCCAAAUCUGGGACUGGGGCUGGACCUACCAAGGCCUUACCUUGGCGAACUGUACCACCGCCAUUUCGAUCAACAAUGGCGGCGUCGGCAAUCAACUAGUAGGCUCGGUCGUUGUUCUUGACAGCACUAUUCAGGACUGCUCAACUUUCGUGGCCAGUGCCUGGGAGACCUCACCUUCAUCCAACGGGAGUCUGAUUUUAGAGAACAUUGUCUUAGAAAACGUUCCAGUCGCUGUCAACGGACCGAGCGGUACUGUUCUUGCUGGGGGCACUACGACCAUCAGUGCCUGGGGCCAGGGCCACAAGUAUACCCCCAAUGGGCCCACAAACUUCCAAGGCACUUUCACGACACCGACGCGUCCCAGCGCUCUGCUUGCGAGUGGCUCUUCCAGAUACUAUACCAAGAGCAAACCUCAAUACGAAACGUCCUCCACGUCGUCUUUUGUUAGUAUUCGAAAUGCAGGAGCAGCCGGAGAUGGUUCUACGGAUGAUACAUCGGCCAUUCAAUCUGCCUUGAUCUCGGCUGCAUCCUCUGGUCAGAUCGUCUUCUUUGACCAGGGAACCUACAAGGUGACAAGUACCAUCUAUAUUCCCCCGGGAUCUCGCAUUGUUGGCGAAUCGUAUCCUGUCAUCAUGGCUAGUGGAAGUUCUUUUUCGAGCAUCUCGAACCCUCUGCCCGUGGUUCAAGUUGGCAAGUCUGGAGAGUCAGGAUCGAUUGAAUGGUCCGACAUGAUUGUGAGCACCCAAGGAUCCACUCCUGGUGCUAUUCUCAUCGAAUGGAAUCUGGCUGCCGAUUCGGGCUCUGGGAUGUGGGAUGUCCACACCCGAAUUGGUGGAUUUGCUGGCUCGCAGCUGCAAGUUGCUCAAUGUCCUACCUCCGCGGCGGUGUCGGCUGCUUGUGAGGUCGCCUAUAUGUCCAUGCACAUCACUGGUAGUGCGAGCGGGGUGUAUUUGGACAAUGUUUGGCUGUGGACGGCAGACCAUGACCUCGACAGUGCAGAUAAUACUCGGAUUUCUGUCUACUCUGGCAGGGGACUGUUAGUUGAAGGAAAGAACAUCUGGUUGUACGGAACGGGUGUGGAGCACCACUCGUUGUACCAGUAUCAAUUUUCCGGGGCCAGCUCCGUGGUGGCAGGAUUUAUUCAGACCGAGACCCCGUAUUAUCAACCCAAUCCCGAUGCGGCAAAUGGUCCCUAUCCAAGGAACUCCGCCUUGAAUGAUCCAGACUACAGCAGUUGCCUUUCUGGAAACUGCGACGCUCUUGGACUGCGCGUUCUCAAUAGCAACGACAUCAUCGUGUACGGCGCCGGGCUUUACAGCUUUUUCACUGAGUAUAGCACGGAUUGCUCUACUUUCCCCACGCCGGAGAAUUGCCAGAGUGAGAUCUUCAGCGUCGAAGGUAGCACGACCAACUUGGUGGUCUAUGCCCUUAGCACGGUGGGUACGACCAACAUGAUUGUGAAAAAUGGUACGUCGCUGGCUGUCGUUAGUGACAAUCUGGCGACAUAUGCCGCUACUAUUGCCUACUUUACCUUCUAG